CCUCGCCUGGGUUCUCCUCUUCACCUCCUUCAGCGCUCUGAUCCGCUCCUCAGGAUGGAGACGUCAGUGAAAGCAGCCGAGCUGUUGGUGCCCCCCCGGACUGACGAGGCCCCGCCCUUGGAGGGUGGUGCAGCAGCAGCUUGCUCCUCCCCCUCUGCUUGCUCCGACACCAUGCAGGAGUUCAGCCGGCGGCUGGAGGACAUCAUCAGGACCCACAGCUCAGACAGCAUGCUGGACAGACUGAGCACGGCUGACUUGGAGCUGAAGGAGGAGGUCAAAGGUCACGUUGUCGCUGUGGAAACAGACGUCCGUCUCAUCAAGCAGAACCUGAAGGCCUCCUCGUCUCCUGAGGAGAACCUGGAGGAACUGAUCAGGAAACACGCCGACCUGGUGGCGCUGCGGCGCGGCGAGGAGCAGAAGCUCAAGGUCCUGCAGCAGAAGGUCUCCAUCCUGCAGGAGGAACGUCAGCUGCUCCAGGCCGAACGUCGCAGCAGCGCCGCAGCUCGCAGCAAACUGGAGAGUCUGUGCCGAGAACUGCAGGAGCACUACAGCACGCUCAGGGAGGAGACCCUGCAUCGCUGCAGGGAGGAUGAGGAGAAGAGGAAGGAGAUCACCUGUCACUUCCAGGACAUGCUGACGGAGAUCCAGGCCCAGAUCGAGCUGCACAGUGCUCGCAACGACAAACUGUGCCGAGAAAACUCCAACCUGACCGACAAGCUGGAGAGCCUGAUGAGUCAGUAUGAGAAGAGGGAGGAGAGUCUGGAGAAGAUCAACAAGCACCAGGACCUCCAACACAAACUGACCGAAGCCAAGCUGCAGCAGGCCAACGCUCUGCUGGCCGAGGCCGAGGACAAACACAAACGGGAGAAAGAAUACCUGCUUAGGGAGGCUAUUGACAAAACAAAGAAAUGCUUCGCUAUGAAGGAGCAGGAGCUGUCCAUGAAGAAGAAGCUGACGCUCUACGGACAGAAGUUUGACGAGUUUCAGGCGACGCUGGCCAAAAGCAACGAGAUCUACGUCCGUUUCAGAAAGGAGAUGGAUAAUAUGACAGAAAAAAUGAAGAAGGUGGAGAAGGAGUCGAACCUUUGGAAGACCAGGUUUGAGAACUGCAACAAGGCUCUGACCGACAUGAUCGAGGAGAGAACCGAGAAAGGGAAGGAGUACGAUCUUUUCGUCCUGAAGAUCCAGAAGCUGGAGAAGUUGUGCCGCGCUCUGCAGGAGGAGAGGUGCGGUCUUUACGACAAGAUUAAAGAAGUCUGCGAGUCCAGCUCAAACCUCCCCAAGAAGUUGUCCAACCUGACCGCCAACUCUGAGGUCUCUGACCCCGUCCUAGCUCCUGAGGAGAUCCAGGAGCUGGAGGAGGAGGACCCGGUCCUGACGGAGAACAUCGCCCGUCUGAGGGACGAGCAGGCCAAGCUGCAGGAGCUCGCUGCCUCCCUGUUGGCCACGCCGGACGACAACGAGGAGGAGGAGAAGGAGGAGUUGGACCUGGACGAAGACGUGGUUGUCUCUGCGUUUAUCCAGUUUCAAACAAAAACUCCAGUUGACCUCGGUCUGGUUCCAGUCCCCGUCCAAGGAGAAGACAAAAAACCAGCAGCAGCUAAAGACGAGGAGGUUCAGAGUUCAUCUGAGGCUCCAAAACCAGAAGGUAGAACUUCAGAAACCAUUAAGAUGGACCCAAAUCCAGAGGGAUCAGAAGUCCAGACACAAGUCCAGGUCAGAGAGGAGAAACAAGCCAAAAGUGAGGAGGAGGUCCAUCAAUCUGUUGGAGCAACACCAGAACCUGAGAACCCCAAGACUGAGCUGGAACCAGAAGCAUCAAAGGCUGAGGUUCUGGAGGAGACUGGUGAGGUCAAAGCCAUCCGCCCAGUGGAAGAGGAGAAGGAACCAGCUCAGGAACCAGCAGAACCGACUGCACCUUCUGAUGACCAGUCCAAAGCAGCUGACGUCGCCAUGAAGCAGGUGCUGAAGAAAAAGAAGAAGAGGAGCAGCAGGAGCUGAACAGCAGGAGGUUCUGGAGGAGGUUCUGGAGGAGUGUCUGGGAGCGAGACUGAAGUUGAUUUUAUAAAAGUUUGAAGUUUGUGGUUUUAUCUCUGAUCCAGAACCAGGAGGGGCGGACGGAGAAGUUUUUACAGUUUAGACUCAGAAUCACGAUUGACUGCAGUUUAACACAAACAAAUAAAAAUACUUUAAUAAAACAAAGUUUAAUUCUAAA